AAAGCACGUUGUUGGGAAUCGGUCGGAUGGUUGUUUCGUAAGAACCUGCACAGAAAAGUGUUGUUUUGUUCUUAAAGAACAAAACUAGGAAAACGUGAUUCUUCAAAUUUUAUUUUAUCUGGUUUCGUAACGAAUUAUGCAAUUGGGACAUCUAGGAAAAAUCGGAAUCGGCUGGGGUAUCAUCACGGUGCUAGGAAUCGGAGGCUUCGUCUACUCGAAACGCUCGGUCGAUAAGAAUCGUUAUGAGAAUAUGAAAAUUCGUGAACGCAUGAGAAAAUCGAACGAAGGCGAAUACUCAGUGGAAAAUUCCCGAAGAUACCAGUCCUAAAGCAAUCAAAUCAA